AUGUCGAUCACUUCAUAUAUCCUGUCGGGCAUUAGCUCGUUCGUGGUCGUUACAUUAUCACUCUUCGCCCUGGGCCAAAAAGUGCCCCGCGCUGCUUUCGUCGCCCGCUGUCUCGCUGCGUAUGGCUCCCUCCUCCUAUGCGCAACCUACGGUGUUAUCGCAUCGAUCGUCCUCCGCCUCGCUGGCUAUGGCCGUAUCUCUCAAUGGGCCACUGCCCGCAGCUUCAAGUGGGUGAUGCGGUAUACCACUGGUGUGACAUUCGAUAUCAUCGAGGGCGAGGAGCAUCUCACCACCCGCCCGGCUAUUUUCGUUGGUAACCACCAGACCGAGUUGGAUGUUCUUAUGCUUGGUGCUAUCUUCCCGCCUUACUGCAGUGUCACGGCGAAGAAGUCCCUGCGUAAUGUGCCCUUCCUGGGCUGGUUCAUGACCCUCUCACGGACGGUGUUUAUUGACCGUGCCAACCGGGAGAAUGCUAUGAAGGCGUUUGAUGGCGCGGUGGAUGAGAUGCGCACCCAUCGCCAGAGUGUGUUCAUUUUCCCCGAGGGUACACGGAGUUACUCUGAUGAGCCUAUGCUUUUGCCCUUCAAGAAGGGUGCUUUCCAUUUGGCUGUUAAGGCUGGUGUGCCUAUCGUGCCCGUUGUGACUGAGAACUACUCUCAUGUCAUGUCUCCUCGCAACCUGCGUUUCAAUGCAGGCUCUAUCAAAGUCAAGGUUCUGCCUCCGAUUAACACCAAGGAUUUGACUCCUGCCGAUGUAGAUCAGCUGACGCAGUCUACCCGUGACUCGAUGCUCAAGGCUAUUCUGAGCAUGGCACAGGAGGGCAGCAAGGUCGAGUCUUCUCGUGCCAAUGGUGUCUCCACUGCCAUUGAGAUUUGA